AUGUCUAUACCAAAAGCGGUAACCCCGAGCUACACUCGGGAAUACCAUGCAGCGCUGCAUAGGGAGUCCCUGCAGCACUUACCUUGUCCUUCGCUCCCGCGAUGUGUCCCCUGCAACGUCCCCGGCCAUCUCCUCCGCCUGAUGCCGGCAUCCGGCUCCUGUGUUCCGGUCCCUGUGACGUCGGGACGUAUGGGCGGCGUGAAAUUUGAAAAUUUAAAAAAAAUUAAAUUUUUUUCAAAACGAUUUUACAUAUGCUUUGUCCUGUCCCCUGUCUGCAUUUUGACUGUUCUUUCU